ACGAGACGCGCAGGAGGAAGCGGCGCUCUUCCUCUUGUAUAUCUGCGCUCUUGGACCAGCAAGAACAGCUUUGAACCGGUUUGAACAUCGGCUACAAAGCAGUAACAAACGCAUACACAAUGAACAGCGAUGUGGCAGCCCCGUCUCAGUCCCACUCUGACAAGGCAGCCGACAGCCCCAGCAGAGCGCAGAUUGUGUUGUUGGUCUGAAAAAGAUUCCGCAUGAAGAGAUUCGUUGGGUGCGCGGAAAGCUUUCUGCAUGGAAAGUUGUUGCUGAGCGCGCAGCUCCGCCGCAGAUGUUGUAGAUGCUGAGUAGACCCUCCUCUGUUAAAGCUGUAAUAAAACCCGGCGGGCAUCAGCAACAUGACUUCAUCUGCUAAAGACCUGGAUGGAGGUUGGGGAUGGGCGAUUGUCGCAGCAUCCUUCAUGGCUCAGCUCCUGGCCUAUGGGUCACCUCAGUCGGUGGGCGUCCUGUACCCUGAGUGGCUGCAUGCCUUCCAGGAGGGCAAAGGCGUGACAGCCUGGGUGGGCUCACUUGUGGCAGGAGUGGGAUUAAUAGCCAGUCCCAUCUGCAGUGCCUGCGUAGACAACUUUGGGGCCCGUCCAGUGACCUUCUUCAGCGGUGUAAUGGUUGCUGGCGGUCUGAUGCUUAGCGCCUUUGCUCCUAACGUCCCAUUUCUAAUGUUUUCCUAUGGGAUUGUUGUAGGCCUUGGUUGUGGUCUUGUCUACUCUGCCACUUUGACAAUCACCUGUCAGUAUUUUGACAAGAGACGCGGCCUCGCCCUGGGCAUCGUCACCACAGGUACAAGUAUUGGAGCAUUCAUCUAUGCCACCGCCCAGAAUGAGUUGAUUGUGUUCUUCGGCCUGGAUGGCUGCUUACUCAUCAUCGGAGCUAUUGCACUGAACCUCAUGGCCUGUGCCGGCUUCAUGAGGCCCCUCAACAUGCCAGGGUACUACCUCAAACAAAAAGCUGCUCUGGAGCGCCACACAGAAGAGCAGCUUUUUGUCAAGCUGCCAUUACAUGACCUGAAUAUAACAACAGGUUCAGCUGUAACCACCGUGGAGAAAACUCCCACCGUUAAGGAACUGCUCAUCACAAUCGAUGUCAAAGAUCUGGCCAUACAGAUAGAGAAGAAGAAAAAAGGUCCUUUUGCUGGGGUAGCUAUAGCAAAAUUCAUCAAAGCGAAGCAGAAGGCUUACUCCGAGUACAUUCAUUCCACGUGUGAGAUUCUGCAGGAUCAAGUCAUGGUGGCCUUUUGUAUUGGUAUCUUCCUCUUCAGUCUGGGUGCAUUCCCACCUGUGCUCUUCAUUGAGGAUGUGGCCCAAAGUGAAGGACUUAUCGAAGAAGUUAGCCUCUUUCCUCUUGUGUCUAUCGGGGCUAUUGCCACUGGAGUAGGUAAACUAGUUCUUGGUAUUCUGGUGGACAUUAAAUGGAUUAACUGCGUUUAUCUGUACGCCUUCACUAUGUUUGCCGGAGGCAUCGCACUGCUCCUCAUCCCCAUUACCAAAACCUACGUUGGACUGCAGAUUCUGUCUGCCGUCAUGGGUUUUUUCUCUGGAAACUGGUCGCUCACCUCCUACAUUACCACUCACAUUGUUGGCCUGGAUAAACUGUCACAAGCUCACGGCAUCCUAAUGUUCUUUGGGGGAUUUGGGAUCAUGCUUGGACCCCCAGUAGUAGGCUGGUUCUUUGACUGUACUCAGUCCUACGACCUGGCGUUUUACUUCAGCGGGAGCUGUGUGUUAUUAGGAGCAUUCAUCCUUUUGCUGCUCAGCCUUCCCUGCUGGAAAAAGAAGCCUGCUGAUAAAGAGCGACCAGACAUCCAGUAUACUUGCACAUGUGAAAAAGUCGCCUCCGUAUCCUGAAUUGUUGCACUUUACAAAGACGACAUAAUGACGCUCUGUAUCUAAAGCUGUCAAGGCAGCAUUGCCACCAGAACAUUUUCAGGGCAAUCCUUUUUAGGGCAAAGGUGGCACUUUUUUUAAGGAGGAUUUUCUUGGCUUCCACUGAAAGGUCGCUUUGUACCAAAUCUAUAUGAUAUUGGCUGUUAAAACUGUAGAUGUUUUACUCCUGCUGUGGUACAGUUGGCACUGCUUUGGGUUCUUACCAGAUCGCUGGUUCGAUCAAGUAUUAUCCCAGUCCAGUUUUGUCAGGAAGAGCACUCAGUGUGAAAGUUCAUCACUGUGCAAAAUCAGUGGUCACCCCUGAAAAAUGGGGUUUUAAGACCACUACUUUCUGAAACCUGCUAUAUUUUUGUCAUCACCUCCUUUUACCAGGUUAACUAAACAAACGUCUUUAAAAUCAUAAUUUAAAAAAUAUAUUUUUCUUGGUCCAUUAUUUUUCAUCAUAGCUGAAGUACACUUUGGUUUUGCAAACCAAGCUGUGAAACACAAAGAAAACUUUCAAAAGUUGUAAAAUCUGCAUUAUACACUUUUAAGGUUUUGAAAAGAGGUGCUCCUUUUUUAUAACCUCCAGCCUUUUGUUUGUGUCUUCUUUAGCUGUUUUAAAAAAUGGUUUAAAAAAAACCAAACACUUUAUUUCUUUGUUACCAAAGCAUGGCGAAGCCGGCCCACACACGGAUUGUGUUUGGAUAACGCAUACGGUUUCCUUGAACUUUGUCAUCAAGUGCAUCAUGGGAAUGCUUCAGUUGGUUUUCUGAAAGAUUCAGAUUGACAUAAAGAAUAUGUAAAAACCACAGAAAGGUCUUCAUCUAUGUUAAACCUUGACAGCAUAACUUCCUGUGGCAUGAGUUUGAACUAUUGAUACGUUGUAUGUUUGUCAGGUUUAUUCGUAUGCUGUACGUUUGUGUCUAUACACACAUUUACAUAUGUGCACAUUUUUAUGUGUGUAGAUUUUUUUUUAUAUUGCCUAGUUUUUGCAAAGCCUCACGUGCUAGUAAGUUUUUUUUAAUGAAAAAAAAACUGGCCAGUAACUUGUUAAAAAUGUUUUGAUUUUAGUGCCUUUUUGAACCUCUACAGUUAUCUAGUUAGAAUUGUAGAUGUGAGAGAACAUUGGGAUAUUAGUUGAACCUUUCACAUUUGUAGACUGAACAGUUUUUGUAGAAAUGGUUUUUUUAUUGUUAAAACAUGUAUGUCUGCUUCUUUGUAUUGUUUAUCCUAUUUUAAAGUUUUCAGUAAUGUUCUUUUUUUGUUUUGAUGACAUUUAAAUAUGUUUUUUUAUUGCAUUGGUGAAACUGCCCCACAUUUGACCAAUAAAAGAGGUGGUAACAUUUA